CACAAUCAUCGGAGACAAAUCCACAAUUGAACGAUUUCAUGGAUUUCAUAUCGCAAACACCAUUUGCUAACGACACUUGUGACGCUUUAGCAGCGAUUAUAAAAGCAACUUCAAAGUUUAAUAUAUAUCAGAACGACUUUUUUUCUGGACGAUUUAAUUAUCAUCGUCUUCUUUUGCGCCCAUAA